UCCAGGCUAUGUGUCUGAGAUUGAAGCAUGUAUGAAUUGAAAGACAUUUUUCAAGCUGAUGCCUAGAAGCCAAUUGUCUCGUGGAGGAAACGCGCAAGGAAGUCUCUUCUUAUUUCACUUGAGUUCUGGCAUUUUAUGCAAGGACAUUUUGAAGAAAUUUUCUUUAUUUAACAACAAAGUUAAAAAUGGAACCCAAGUUUAUUAUUCUUUGUAUUGGUUAGGAAUCUGGUUUAAGCAAAAAGGAGUUUUUAAAUUUCUAUCACCAGAAAGUUGAGAAAUAUAUUAUCUCUCUCUCUCUCUGCCUCCUGCAUGUUGAUUUUAUUCUCAGACUCUGGCCGAGGCAAGGUGAGGACCAGCAAUGCAGGCCUGUGCCCUCUAGGUUCAAACCCAGCUCGGAAGAGAGCCUGCAUUCUUUAAGACUCUUAAAACAAGUUCUAGGCUUGAUUCUCGCUGGUCUUAGUUGGAUCCUGUGUUCGUCUCUGAAUCAAUUCCAUGCUCAAGGGUAAGGAAUUACAGUCACUCUGGAUCUGAGUCAUUUGCCUGGCCUUGGAGCUGGGAUUCGCAUUGACCCCAUGAAGGCACAUGGCAUGAGAGCAGUGCUCCACUGGAGGAGAUUCAGAUGACUGUUCACAGAAAGUGGUGCAUUAGGCUGUUGGCAAAAAAGAUAAAUGCCCGAAGUCAUUGUGCCAGUGACUCAGUGACUUUGCAUUUAGGCUGCUUUAUCUUUUUCAGAAACAAAAGCAGUCAUCUCUGUUGGAGUAGCAUGUCCAUUAGAAGGCACAUUUAGCUGAUGGUGACAGAAACUUUAAAUAACAGUGGCUUAACAAGGUGGAGAGUUUUUUUUUUUUUUUUCCCCUAGAGGUAGGCAGUCCAAGACUGAGGUAGCAUUUUAAUGACAAAACCAAUGUCACUUUGAAUUGUUGCAGCUCCUGCAAUCACAUUUGUAUUCUGGGAUGGAAGGAAGUGUCCACCAAUUGUCUACUUCCCUUUUACUGGGAAGUCGUGCUCAGAUACUUCCACUUCUACCUCACUGGCCGGAACUUGGUCACAUGGCCGUCUAUACCUGUCAGGAAGUCUGGGAGAUGUAAUUGUUUAGAUAAGUACAAUGCCACCUCUAAUAAUGAGCCAAUAGGUGUUUUGUUACCAAGGAAGAACUAGUAAAUGGCUAUUAGGUAGGUAGCUAGCAGUCUUUCUACAUGCGUUAACUUAUGAACUGAUAUGGAUCACACAGGAGGCUUAAGAACCCAGUGAAUUUUAUACAUUUAAGAUUUAAAACUUACUUUAGAAGUAGAUAAUAGAACUAAACAUAGCCUAAACUUGGUAAUGGGGUGUGCAUUGAAUGAGUAUCAAACAUAGAGGUCAAAGAAAGAGUUAAAGGUGAUUCUAACUUCUCUGUCUCUUGAAUACUUGGCUAUAGUGAUGCCUUUACCAAGAUAAGGAACAUAAGAAGUCAAAGAGUUAAGUUUUGGACAUUUGAAACUAGAAAUGCUGGCACCCGAUGACAUUGGGGUGAUGUCAUUGGCUCACCAGCUGCACAUUUUGGUAUCUAUUGUGGAUUUUCUGGCAGAGAACAGAGAACCGGAUAUUUUAGAAAUUCUCCACUUCCCUCAGUCCCUCUCUUUCACCUUGUGAUCUAGGUUAUAGAAAGUUAUGGAAAGUUGGGUCCAAAGAACCUUCAAUUCCAGCUCUGUAGCUUAGAACAAGGGCGAGCUCUUUGUGUGGUCCAGCCUGGGUUGGGUAUUUUGAGGAUGUGAGGCUCAGCAGUCCUGGAUUUUGUACAGCUCUUUGCAGGGUAACGGGAUGAGAGGAGGCAAAUGGAUUUACAAAAGUGAGUGCUAUAUGCAAAAAGUUAAUUGAUAAAAAUAACGUGUUAUUUCUAGGGAGCAAAAGAGACUUUCUUUUAGGCUACUAGAGCAUUACAUAGAACUGCAGCACUGUGUUCUAGGAGAAAUGUACCCAAAACAUCUUUUACCUGUACUUAAGCAUUUGAUAGCUACAGUGUGAAAUUAUCUUGUCUUCUGUCACUUUAACAACUUGACUUAUAGCUACUACUUGCUUUGAACUAAAAUUAUUUAGUUCAACAUUUACUGAGUGGGCUUUUUGCCUUUCCUAAGUACUGGAAAUACAGCUAUUAAUAAGGAAAAGAUACCUUCAAAGUAUGCUGUGUUAUCAUUACCCAUUUAUCAGUCCCUCCUUUUUCAUGUCAUACUAGGCUAAAUUCCAAAGGCAAGGGGUUCCACAGAGCUUAGUGGAAUUUUGUAUGGGUGCUGUAUUUUAAUUGUAAACAUUGAGCAAAUACUAAGCAGGCUAAAGCAAUUUGAAAUAUAAACAAGCAGUGUGUUGGUGGGAGCAACUGUUGCUCAAGGUCAAUGUUGUUAUUAGAAUGAAUAAAUAGUUCUGUUUGUUCUUAUAUAAUGUCACACUUGGCCCCCUACUGGGUUUUUAGAAGUGGUUGAUCACAUUUUUCUUUCUUUUUUUUUUUUUAGGUCUAGAACACACUACAGAUCUAGCUUUUGAGACUAUACCCCGUCUGAGAAAGGGAGACAAAAGUUUCUAUGUCCAGGGAGCAAAGGAGAGCAUUAUGAAGUGGAGCUAUGGAGAACUAGAAAAGAGUGUCUAGGGUGGAUGGCUCGGUUCCAACAGGGAGGAAUCAAGGUACCUUCUUAUUCCUUAAUUUCAGUGUCCCGAAAUCCAAGAAUUCCACCAAGAUAAUAUGAUAGGAACUUUUGGUGAUUUGGAGCCAUAUCCCACUUAGACCGAUGCAGGCCUUCCAGACUUCCUGAGAGCUUGGAACAGCAACACACACUGCUUUUAAACUGGCGCAGGCAAUAAUGCCGUCUCUGCCGCAAGAACGAGUUAUUCAGGGACCCUCCCCCCUGGAUCUGAAUAAAGAAUUGCCUUAUCAAAGCACAAUGAAAAGGAAAGUCAGAAAGAAGAAAAAGAAGGGAACCAUUACAGCCAAUGUUGCUGGGACAAAGUUUGAAAUUGUUCGUUUAGUAAUAGAUGAAAUGGGAUUUAUGAAAACUCCAGAUGAGGAUGAAACAAGUAACCUUAUAUGGUAUGAUUCUGCUGUUCAGCAGGAGAAGAUCGCUGAGCUGCAAAAUUACCAGAGGAUCAACCAUUUUCCAGGAAUGGGGGAGAUCUGUAGGAAGGAUUUCCUAGCAAGAAAUAUGACCAAAAUGAUCAAGUCCCGGCCUCUGGAUUAUACUUUUGUUCCUCGAACGUGGAUCUUCCCUGCUGAAUAUACACAAUUUCAGAACUAUAUGAAAGAAUUGAAGAAAAAAAGAAAGCAGAAAACUUUUAUAGUAAAGCCGGCUAAUGGUGCCAUGGGUCAUGGGAUUUCUUUGAUAAGAAAUGGUGACAAACUUCCAUCUCAGGAUCAUUUGAUUGUUCAAGAAUACAUAGAAAAGCCUUUCUUAAUGGAAGGUUACAAGUUUGAUUUACGAAUUUAUAUUCUGGUAACAUCGUGUGACCCACUAAAAAUUUUUCUCUACCAUGAUGGACUCGUGCGAAUGGGAACCGAGAAGUACAUUCCACCGAAUGAGUCCAAUUUGACCCAGUUGUACAUGCAUCUGACAAACUACUCCGUGAACAAGCACAACGAGCGAUUUGAAAGGGACGAAACUGAAAACAAAGGCAGCAAACGUUCCAUCAAAUGGUUUACAGAAUUCCUGCAAGCAAAUCAGCAUGAUGUUGCCAAGUUUUGGAGUGACAUUUCAGAAUUGGUGGUAAAGACUCUGAUUGUAGCAGAACCUCAUGUCCUGCACGCAUACCGAAUGUGCAGACCCGGUCAGCCUCCAGGAAGUGAAAGUGUCUGCUUCGAAGUCCUGGGGUUUGACAUUUUGUUGGAUAGAAAACUAAAGCCAUGGCUCCUGGAGAUCAAUCGCGCUCCAAGCUUUGGAACUGAUCAAAAAAUAGAUUAUGAUGUAAAAAGGGGAGUGCUGCUAAAUGCACUGAAGCUACUAAAUAUCAGGACCAGUGAUAAAAGGAGAAACUUGGCUAAACAAAAAGCUGAGGCUCAAAGGAGGCUUUAUGGUCAAAAUUCAAUAAAAAGACUCUUACCUGGUUCCUCGGAUUGGGAACAGCAGAGACACCAGUUGGAGAGGCGGAAAGAAGAGUUGAAAGAGAGACUCGCUCAGGUACGAAAGCAGAUCUCAAAAGAAGAACACGAAAAUCGACACAUGGGGAAUUAUAGACGAAUUUAUCCUCCUGAAGAUAAAACACUACUUGAAAAGUAUGAAAAUUUGUUGGCUGUUGCCUUUCAGACCUUCCUUUCAGGAAGAGCAGCUUCAUUCCAGCGAGAGCUGAAUAAUCCUUUAAAGAGGAUGAAGGAGGAAGAUAUUUUGGAUCUUCUGGAACAAUGUGAAAUUGACGAUGAAAAGUUGAUGGGCAAAACUGCCAAGCCUCGAGGACCAAAGCCUCUGUCUGCCAUGCCCGAGAGCUCCGAGAUCAUGAAAAGGCAGAAAUACAGCAGCAGUGACAGCAGCCCCGGGAGCGGCAGCAGCUCCUCGGAGUCGGAGGACAGUGAGGAAGACGAGCACCGCAAUAAGAAAAAAGAAAAGCAGGUCACCUAUAACCUUAAACAGCCCAACCACUACAAAUUAAUCCAACAGUCCAGCUCCAUAAGGCGCUCGGUCAGUUGCCCUCGGUCCAUCUCUUCCCCGUCGCCAUCCAGUGCGGACAACCGCCCCUUUUCUGCUCAACAGAUGAUAUCAGCGUCCCAGCCGACUUCUGCGUCUCGGUCACAAUCUUUAAACCGUGCUUCCUCCUACGUGAGGCCUCUGCCUCAGAGUAACGAUGGCAGCUCUAACCCUCAGACGAGUGAGUCUUUGCGGCAACUGAGAACAAAAGAACAAGAAGACGAUCUAACAAGUCAGACCUUAUUUGUUCUCAAGGACAUGAAGAUCCGGUUUCCAGGAAAAUCAGAUGCAGAAUCACUACUUCUGAUAAAAGAUAUCAUUGAUAACUGGAAGUAUCAUAAAACAAAAGUGGCUUCGUAUUGGCUCAUAAAAUUGGACUCUGUAAAACAACGAAAAGUUUUGGACAUAGUCAAAACAAGUAUCCGUACAGUUCUUCCACGCAUCUGGAAGGUACCUGAUGUUGAGGAAGUAAGUUUAUAUCGGAUUUUCAACCGAGUUUUUAAUCGCUUACUCUGGAGUCGUGGCCAAGGACUAUGGAACUGUUUCUGUGAUUCAGGAUCCUCCUGGGAGACUAUUUUCAGUAAAAGCCCGGAGGUGGUGACUCCUUUGCAGCUCCAGUGCUGCCAGCGCCUGGUGGAGCUCUGUAAACAGUGCCUGCUAGUGGUUUACAAAUAUGCAACUGACACAAGAGGAUCGCUCUCAGGCAUUGGUACUGAUUGGGGUAAUUCCAGGUAUUUACUACCAGGAAGUACACAAUUCUUCAUGAGAACACCAACCUACAACUUGAAAUACAGUUCACCCGGAAUGGCUCGCUCCAGUGUUUUGUUUACAUCCCGAUAUGGCCAUUUGUGAAACAGAAGGGAAGAUCGCCAUGGGUUAUGCAUAAUAGCAAUUCAUUUUUUCCCCAAGUUAACACUGCAAAGACAGUGACCAUUAAGUGCUGUUUUAUGUAUAUAUGACAUAUAUAUGUGUGUGUGUGUGUGAAAAAAUAUACACACAUGCACUCAAAUAACAUAUAUUUAUUAUAAUAUAUGAAAGAAGAAUUAGCAGAAAACUGGAUAUAAGAUUUAACCUUUCUGAAAAUGUAAUAAACCAUGUUAAAAUUGUUUACACAAAUAUGUGAAUGUCUAGAAUUUGCUAGGUUUGUAAGUAAUACCUUCCUACUAGAAAUGUUAUUUUUGCUGCAGAGUAUAUAAAACAAAAUUGAUCUUGAAGAUCCCAUUACAAUGUUAAAUUAUUUUCUAGAUAACACAUCUUUUGACUUAAAAAAGCAUUACUAGUAAAUUACCUUAUUAAUUUCCUUAUAUAUUGUAGCCAUUUAAAAUUAAAAAAAAAUUAGAAGCUUGAUGAUAGAAUUAAGUAUAAAACGGGUUCGUCAUUACUGUAGCACACUGCAAAGGACUAUAACAACCCCAACCUGAUUCUCCAACAUUUUUAUUCCUCUGUGUGGAAACUUAGCUACUCUUGAUCAUGUAUAUUUGCAGUAAGGCUCUAGUGAGAUCAUAUUAUGAUCUAAAAUGGAAGACAAUCCAGUGAGUUAAAAAUAAACUUACUAGCUUGUAUUUUUACUUUUCAUUAGGAGUCACAUAAAGGAACAGAAAAUGAUGGUAAUGACAAAAUCUUUCCAUGUGAUUUUUGUAUCUCCUGCCACUCUUAACACUCACUUUUAUUUGGCAAGUGUAUCUCUGAUGGGUAUAUACGGUCAAAUACAAUUUCUUCUGUUCUUCAGAAGUAGAAGAGCUGACAUUUUAAACUUAGUUUGAUGUUACAGAAUAACGUGUCACACUUACUAGGUCUCUCAAUGCUGAGACCAACUCACAUUUCAAAGUCUAAUACAGCGUUUCCAUAUUGCAUCAUAAAAAAUAAUCUAAAUUAUUGCAAGUAGAAGAUUCUGAUCACUAGAUAUUAUUAGUCAUGGAUGUGCCCUUGAGAAUUUAAAAAAAUCAGAAUAGAGUAUGAAGUUUUCUACUUGUCCAAAGUUAUUAUGCAUAAGUUUCAUAGCAGUCGACUUCUUUUUCUUGCUUACAGUUUCAAAAACGAGUGAGCUUUCAGUUUUCCAUACAAAUAUAAAACAGCACAUGGAGAUCCUUAGAAACUGCAGUAUUCACCCUUUAGAAGUUUACUUGAACGUCUCCCAAUAGUUUUAUUUUCUCACAGAUGCUAAUUAUUUGCAAAAUUCAUGGAUCUUUUGCCUCCUUUUACUUUCCUGAGCUAUUUCCAGUAAAUCAAGAAAUGGUCCCAAAGCAGAAGGAGAACUGGGAGAGGCAAACUGGCCUGGUUUAAUUCCCAAGCUGGAUAACUGGCAACCCAAAGCUGUAAGUUAGAUGUAUUUUGCUUUUAAAGCCAUGUUCUGAAGCUGUAUUAGGAUAAAAGAGGUUUUUCCCCCCAAAUUGUGGCUAGCUACUUGAUUGUUUAUGAUUGCCUAACAUCCGUAUUCUAAUGGAUGCUUUUCCUUACUAAUUGCAACUCAAGGAAAAGUUUGUUACUGUCUUUGUGGAAAAAGAAGAUAAGGGUGUCUGGAUGAAGGAAGUUACAGCAUAGCUCUGAGUGUUUAUCACUCCAACUGGUGAAUUCCUAAAUAUGUUUAGAAUUUUUUACGAUAAAUAAUGCAAAAGUUGGGAUAGUCACAAAAUUAUUAUAAGACUGAUCAGCAAGUAGGCCUUGUCAUGGAGCAAUUUUAGUCAUUUUUCUUUUAAAUUCAUGGUUCAUUCAUGAAUGAGACACGGUUUCAAGUGUCUGGUGUGUGAUAUCAACCCAGUUUGUUGGCCACUCUCUUGCAUUAGCUUAAAUCAGAAGGGUUACUUAAUUUUGCUAGAGUGGGCGCUUUGGAAAUUCUGUCCUUAGUUGUACAAGAGUGAAAUUUUUAUUUAAAACAGAAAAAGAAUGUCCAACAUAUCUUUCCCGAGGGGAAAAAAAAGUACCGAGUAGAGAGUAAAUUUAAUUGUAUGAAGCUACCCAACUAACUGAUGAGCAAAUUUCAUUUCUCUAGCUACUUACGUCUGGCUUUUUUUGAGUACCAGAAUUUUAUUGCCCGCAUUUGCCCAUUCAUCCUGAUCUAGUCUGAUAUGAUGAAGUUGUGAAUAAAAGCCCUCAUUACUUAUAUAUACUAGCUGGUGUGCUGUGGACCAAGCUUGGGGUAGUGCUCAUUCCCUAGUGAGAGACUGAGAAGAGAAGAUACAGUAAUAAAGUGUGGGCAUCUCCAGAGGCCGUAGAAAUGUUUUAGAGGUAUAAAAUAUUCCUUAGUUUUUGUUAUAAAUUUUUUAUUCAUGGAGUUAAAACACAUCAGUAGUAAUGAUAGCCUGGGCCUGACUUGCUCUUCUAGGAGAGAAAAUAACUUUCUCUGAGGAAGUCCAGAAGCUCUCCAGUCUCACCAGGAGACUUUAAUAAGGAAUUGGCUUCCUUGAUGAUGAAAGCAUGUUUUCAUUCUGUUAUAAAAAAAUACAUCCCUGCUCAUUCUGUAAACCUAAUGCUGUCCAGAACUGUGAUUGGAAUGAUGUCCAAAAUUGUAUCAAAAGCAACCUUUUAAUGUUAAAUGAUUAUUUAUUAACAUAGUAUGAGAUUGCAAAUUAGUUUCCAUUUUAAUAACCCUGCAUUGUAAUAGUUACCAUUUGCUUUAUGUAAUCUGUUGAAGGAGCUAUUGUGAUUCAUAUCAUGAUUAUUAGCAAUAAUUUUUUUUAACCUUGCACUUGUGAAAAUAAAGUUGCAACAGGGUCAAAUAUGGAAAUGGUAGUGGUAACCUCUGUCAGUGACAAAGAUCUACACGAAUGUUUUCAUAUUUCUAAAUUAGGUCUAAAUACACACUGUCUGCUAAUUCUUUCCCCCAAAACUAAAGUGAGCCAAACUCAAGCAAAAACCUCCAACCUUCCUUUCACCUAAUGUUUACACACAGCUAGAUGAUAGUGGCUUCUGGACAUCAGGGAAAGGAUUUCUUUCUAAUUUUUCUUUUUAAAUUGGAAAGUAUAUGAUUAUAGAAUUUUGUUAUCUAACUCAAAAUUCCACAUAUUUUUAAUAUAAAGUAAUCUAAAUGCUUUCUUCUUUAGCAUGUUAAAGCCAUUCCAUUAAAAAAAUUCUCUUUAAAUCUAAACAUCCACAUUACUUGACCUUAUCAAAAGUACCAAAAAAUUGAUAGCUGCAUAAAUUCUAUUAUUUCUAGUUUUCUAUGAAGCACAGAUUCAUUCUUAAAUAUAUAUUCUUUAAAAAAUAAUAGCAAAUACCUUGAGAAGAGUGAUGAAAAAUACCUUCGUUUUCCGUUCUGUAAUGCUGUUUUACAUUUUGAGUCUUAACUGUACUUGGUUCUACGGUUUAAACAGUAAGUGUAAGUACCAUUAGUUGUGUUCCUGUGAGCUGGUGAUUUUGGAAAAUUUGCUUUUCUCUUUAAAUGAAAAAAUUUUAGCUUUCAAGAACUGAAAUUUAGUUAUGUAAAUAUUUUGGCUAAUGCUACUUAUAAAUAAAUCAAAAUUUUGGAAGUGUAUUCAUGAACAAAAUUUGAUUCCUUACAUUGUUUUUUUUUCUUUUUUUUUUUUAAACUUUAAGUUCCAUUUGAAGUUUUGACCUUUGAAUGGACAAAGUCAAGAAAAGAGAAAUCCUGCCUUUUAAACAAUGGUUUAUGGUGGUGUAUUUUUGCCUCAGCAUCAAUAAAACUUAGAUAAAAUGUGUUAUUGGAUGAAGUUCAGUUUUUCUGCUGAGAUUUUUUAAGAACAAGGUUGAAGUUUCAAUGCCUACAAACAUUAAUUGUCUGGAUCCAUAUGAACCAAGAUACGUGGCUACAAAUAACAGUCUUGCAACCAAAAAUUGAUAUUUUAAAACUUACUGCAUACUUUGAGAUUGCUGCCCCUUUUUUAGUGUUUUUUGUUUUCUGUUUUGCUUUAUCAUGAGUGGGUAUAUGGUAUAUUGAAGGAAAACUAUUCAGGUAACACAUUCUGCAGUAACUGAGCUGUAUUACCUAAAAAGAGUUACAUAAAGCUUUUAUUUCAUCCCUACCUGUUAACUUGAAAACUAUUGGUAAAUCAUAAUUCAAUAAACUAAAAUCUUAUAAACUAGUAAGAAGACUUACCUUACAAAAGUAGUCAGAUAAUGCUGAUUCUUCUCUUCCAAAGGCUAAAAAUGACAGUUCUUGGUCCUGAGAUGGUUGGUUAGUACAAUAACUGUAGUACACGCCACAAUGUUGAAUAUUAAUAGAUUUGCUGAAGAUUCUGGGUUUGAAGAUUAGCUUGGAAGCAAUACACUUGCUACCAUGAAUCAUGACUUAAAUUAUCCCCAUGUGUUUUACUGCUUGUGUAUGAAUGCAAAUGUUGUUACAGAAAAUAUGCUUGAAAUGUCAACACGAUGUGCAAUUAGUAUUGCAUUGUCAUGCUUCAGCAUGUGAUAUCUGUACGGUGACGUUAUUUCAAUUACUCAGAUAUGUUACUAUAAUAAAAAUGUUUAACAUAAGAAAGUUACAAUAUGUCAUCAGAUGGUUAUUUCUGUUACACACACAC